CCAAUAGAUUCACUUGCACGGAAUCCUGAAUCCCUGCAGUGGUUUACACUUCUCCCAAGUCCCCCAUCCCCUCACUCACCCCACCCCCACGCCCCAAACCAUAGACCCCACAACCCCUUCUUUAUAAUCAAACAAUUUUUCACCUCAACUCCUCCAAAUCCAACUUCUCCUUUCUCUCAUCUUCCUCAACAAAAAAAUGGAGUCACCAUCAUCAACAAGUAGAAGAAGACCAUGUUUCAUUGAAGAAGAUGAUGGUCUUGUCUCUAUAGCUGAUAUUUCAUGCAACAACAAUAACCAAAAUCAUGAUAAUAAUAAUAAUAAUAACAAGAACAAGGGUGUUACUAAUCAGUACCCUUUAAUUUCUAGGCCACUUUAUUAUACUGUUUCAUCAAGAAGAAGAAAUAGCUUGAGAAAUCUCUCUUCUCUUUCUUCUUCAUCAUCUUCUUCUUCAUCCUUGUUGUCUCCAAGAUCUGUUGUUACUGCUGCUAAGUACUGUGAUGGUAGAUUUGAAGAACCACAACAACAUUUCUUGGAUGCUUGUUUUCUUUGUAAGAAAAGAAUUGGUGAUAACUCUGACAUAUUCAUGUACAGAGGGGACACUCCAUUCUGUAGUGAAGAGUGUAGGCAGCAACAGAUAGAGAUGGAUGAAGCUAAAGAGAAAAAAAGGAACAUGUCUUCCAUCAAAUCCUUGAGAAAAAAGGACAAGAGACAAUCCACUUCCCCCAACAAAACUGCAUCUUUGAGACCUGGUACUGUUGCUGCUGCUUGAGCAAAUGAAUAAUGAAUCUACUUGUAGAAAAGAAAUACUAUUCAAGAAGGUUCAUCUAUGACCAAUUAGCUAUAUAAAAAUAUUAAUACAAGGAGUUCAUAGGGAAAGGGGAUGGAGAUGGAACUUAUGAAGAAAGAAUAUACUGAAGAGUUUUCUUUUUUCUUUUUUUAUUUUACUAUAGAGUAUUAAGUUGUGUUAUGAUGUGAAAAUGUUGAGGAAGUGGAGAGGAGGCUUGUAAUGCUCUCUGAAAAAGUGGAAAAAAGAUGAUGGCUCUUUUUUUUGGGUUUUGCCCCAAGUUUUUUUUGUGCUCCUUUUUGGGGGUUCUCUUGGGUUUUCACUGUGUAAUGAGAAGCAAUAACAAGGAAAGUUCUCCUA